AUGCCUUCUACUGUGGUCGCCAAUGUGCCCGAUGGUCCAGUUGCGAAAAGGCAGAAGCUCAAUCGCCUGGAGGGAGAUGCACGCCGCACGACUCCCCGAGAAUCAAGAAUAUUUACACCCUUUCGAACAAUUGGUCUAGUAUCCUCGACUACCGUUCCGUUUACAUCUAUCCCUCUAGGGAAGACUACCUUCCAGAUUACUACCUCAGUCGGCCGUUGUCUUCAAACAUACGACCUCAAGCGCGGUCUCAAUCUCGUAUUUCUUACUCGUCCACAGACGCCCGGCGAUAUCACGGCGACAAAAGCUUGGAAAGACCGAGUCUUCGCAGCAUGGGGAGACCCAAGCAACGAUUCCUCACAAGGUCUUUGGGUCUUCCAACGGGGGAAAGAGGUCGCCAGGUUGGACAUGCCACUAGACCUGGCCCAGCCCAUUAAGCAGAUACUCAUUUUUGGUUCAUGGAUAGUGGGAUGCUGCACGACUAGGAUAGAGGUCUGGAAAUCGACUACCUAUGAGCACUAUACGACUUUGUACCCAACCGCGGUGCAGAAGGGCGGGAAUGAGAUUUCCGGGGGUAUUUGCAAUAUGCCGACAUAUCUAAACAAGGUCUUUGCUGGCAGGAAGGAUGGCAGUGUCGAGAUCUGGAAUGUGAGCUCCGGAAAGCUGAUCUAUACCAUAUUGCCCCCUGCCGCGAACUGUGGUGCUGUUACUGCCCUGCAACCAACCCCAGCAUUGUCACUAUUGGCGAUUGCGUAUUCCGAGGGCGCCCUCACGGUACAUGAUAUACGAGUCGACAAGGCGAUUAUUCAACUCUCUGGAGGAGAUUCGAAUUCUAUGAUUACAUCGAUAUCGUUUCGAACCGAUGAUCUUGGAGCUGGCGAGGAUGGGAGAAAACCAGGAGUAAUGGCCACUGCCGGACCAGACAAUGGGGAUGUGACAUUCUGGGAUCUUAACGGCGGUGGGAGAGUGAUGGGCGUACUUAGAGGCGCCCAUAAUCCCCCUUCAGAGGGCGAAGCCGUGGUAGGGGGCGGGGUGAGCAAGAUUGAAUUCCUGCCUGGUCAGCCGGUCAUCGUUACUAGUGGGCUGGAUAAUUCCUUGAAAUCUUGGGUAUUUGAUGAGACGCCAUACUCUCCCAUCCCGCGAAUCUUGCAUUCUAGAAGCGGGCAUGCCGCACCGGUGACGAAAUUAUUGUUCCUUCCCUCCGACUCUGAUGGUGCGGAUGCCGGAGGAAAAUGGCUGCUUAGCGCGGGGGAAGAUCGAAGUUUGUGGGGAUGGAGUCUUCGAAGAGAUGGUCAAAGUACAGAGCUCAGCCAGGGAAACAUUCGCCGAAAGGCAAAAAAGCUGGGGAUAUUGGGCAAUGUUUCGCGUCCAAAUGAACUUAGCACAAGUUUGGAGGAUUUGAAGGCCGCAAAGAUAACUUGCCUUGCUAUAUCGCUGAAUCGCGAUGGCGGGAUGGGAGCAAGUGCAGGAACUGGGGCUGUGUGGCAAAAAAGCACAAAUGCAUCCAAGAAACCAACAGAUGCCACGCUGAGCGGGAUGACUGGAUGGGAAAGCAUUGUCACAGGUCACCAAGACGAUAGAUAUGCCCGAACUUGGUUCUGGGGAAGGAAGAAAGCUGGAAGAUGGGCUUUUGAGACGGGGGAUGGAGCGAAUGUCAGAAGUGUGGCAGUAAGCCCGGAUGGAACGUUUGCUGUUGUCGGAUCAGAUGCUGGCGGGAUUGAUUCGUUCAAUCUUCAGUCCGGAAUGCACCGUCAAAGGUACCCUCCUAGAUUAACCCCAGCCCAAGCCAGAAAACUCAAACUCCAGAAACUUCAAGUACAGGAUGGUUCACUUGAAGUGGGAUCAAAGCUAGGAAAGAAAUUUACCGCUGGACUAGGAAAGCACACCAAAGCGGUCACUGGCCUUGUGGUGGACUCGUUAACCAAGCAUCUCAUUAGUUGUUCACUGGAUGGAAGUAUCAAAUUUUGGGAUUUUGGAACGGGGAAUCUUGUCGAUGAGAUUGAUUGGCAUCCAAUGGCAUCGAUUACCGGAAUGCGAUAUCAUGCUUCGAAUGAUCUUAUAGCAGUCGCAAGUGAUGAUUUAUCUAUCAGAGUGGUUGAUAUCGAGACUAAGAAGACAAUUCGAGAGCUGUGGGGUAGCACUGGUGUCAUCAACGACUUUUGUUUCUCAAAUGAUGGGAGAUGGGUCAUUGCCGCUUCAAGCGACUGCAUUGUGCGAGUUUGGGAUCUUCCUACGGGCCACUUGAUUGAUGCUAUCCGGAUGAAGUCCCAAUGUACGGCGUUAGCUUUCUCAGGCACAGGCGAAUUCCUUGCCACAACCUGCGAAGGGGAGAUAGGGGUGAACAUCUGGAACAACAAGACAUUGUUCACGCAUGUCCCUACAAGGCAUAUCUCUGAAAAUGAGGUCGCAGAAAUGGCAGGCCCAACAGUCUCUGGUGAAGGCGGCCAUGGGGUAAUCGAUGGCGCCUUUGAGGAUCAAGUCGAGGAGAGCCAAGAUGCUGGACCCGCUCCCGUCAUCGAUCAGCUAAGUACCGAUAUGAUGACCCUAAGCUUGAUCCCUAAAAGUAGGUGGCAAACGCUUUUGCACCUAGAUCUCAUUAGACAGCGUAACAAACCGAAAGAUGCGCCCCAGGUGCCGGAGAAAGCGCCUUUCUUCCUGCCAUCACUUGAAAAGCCAAUGCCAACGGCUGCCGUGGAGGAAAAACAGGCCGAAGAUAGCAUAGCUGAGCGCUCUCGCAUUAUGAAGAUGGACCGUCUUGCAUCAGAAGGUGCAUUCACAGUCGCUCUUCGAUCCGGCGGCGAAGGCGGAGAUUAUACCGCCUUCAUCAACCACCUCAAAACUCUCUCUCCGUCGGCGGCAGACCUUGAAAUUCGGUCGCUUAAUCCGGGAGGCACCGAAUCAGAGUCCGAUGAGCUUGUUAAUUUUGUAGAAGCUCUCACGAGCAGACUGAGGCAGAAGCGGGAUUAUGAAUUGGUGCAGGCGUGGAUGACUGUAUUCCUGAGGCUGCACUUGGAUGCUCUGAGCCACGAUGAUAAGCUGGUGCAGGCGCUUGGAGAAUGGAGACAAUGCCAGCAGGAGGAGGGUACUAGGCUAGGAGACUUGGUCGGGUUCUGUGGUGGUGUUGUGGGCUUUUUGCGGAGCCCAAGGACAUGA